UUUCCUCCCACUGCAAAUGGCCAUGCUGAUGCCAGUUCUCUCAUACCAUGGCUUAAGAACCUCUCAUCUGGCUCAUCUUCAGCGUCAUCCAAACUUCCCAACAAUUUCUACAUUCACAGUGGCUCAAUAAGUGCUCCAGUCACCCCACCAUUGAGCUCUCCAACUUCUCGAACUCCUCGGACCAAAAAUGAUUGGGAUGAUCCUUCUUCUGGAUCCGCCUGGGCUAGACAGAACUAUGCUUUCCUUCCAUCAUCCACCCCACCAAGUCCAGGACGUCAGGUCCUACCUGAUUCUGCAUGGUUUGCUGGCAUCCAAAUUUCCCAGAGUAGGCCAUCAUCACCCACAUUCAGCCUGGUCUCAAGAAAUCCAUUUGGGUUUAGGGAGGAGGCUUUAUCUGGUGGAGGCUCGCGGAUGUGGACUCCUGGACAAAGUGGAACAUGCUCUCCAGCAGUUCCUGCAGGCAUUGAUGACAACGGGGAUGUUCCCAUGUCAGAUGGGAUUGCAGCAGAAUUUGCAUUUGGCAGUAAUAUAACAGGGUUAGUGAAGCCUUGGGAAGGAGAGAGGAUUCAUGAGGAGUGUGUAUCUGAUGAUCUUGAACUUACGCUUGGGAACUCCAGAACCAGCUCGAUUUUUCUAGGAGGUCUUAAAAGCAAAAGAUGAAUUAUUUUGGUGCUGCAGAUAGGGUAUGAUGGAGAGUGAAGUCGGAAGUGCAUCAUCCAUGCUUAUCUUGAUUUGGCUUCUCAACAUAGGCUUAUGUGCAUUGCGCUUGGAAAGAAAGUUAAUUUGAGAGACAGUCAGUUGCAGCCCUUGUUCUUUUCUUCUUCCCAUCAUUUGAGGAGGAAAAAAAAGGAGAGAAAACCACGGAAAGAUUAAUUUAUAGAUAGUUCAUAGUGGUGACUAAAUCCCUUCCUUACUAUCCAUAUUUCUACCAUUCCAGGGUUUAAACUCCCCUCUUGUUCGGAUACUUCUCUAGAACUGAAUUUGGUGCUUACACGGUAGGGAUUUCUUCCCCCAGUUCCAACAGGAAAAGGAAAGAACUUGAGUUCAUUCAAUUAAUUCUUCCAUUCUUCAUCCCCACUCUUUCAUCUUUCUUUUUUCUUACAGGGAAAUAUUUAAUUAGAGUGUUGAUGCACUGGUCUUGUUGGCUUGUUUGGUUUGAUUUUGGGUAUGUGAUUGAAAGGGAUUUUGGAUGUGAAGGUCUUAUUAACUCACUGGUUUUAAGGUCUUAUUUCACAUUUUUCUGAA